AAGAUGACUGAUCUUGAAAGAAGUGAUGAUGAAUAUCGUUGAAAUUCCAGUUUUUAUUUCAAAAUCUGAUUAAUUUCGUUUCACGGUUGUAACGAUAAUGCAUGGUCGCUUGACGGAUUUAGGAUUUAAGAACCGGAACAGCCAGAUGAAUAUUUGAAUGAUCUACACAACUUCCCACCCUGAAUUUAGUGAGGUGAUUGUCAAAAAGCAAAUUAAACUUUACUUUGUCAAGAGACUGUUCACGCAUACUCACCAGUUCGAUGAGGGACAGAUUCGUCAACAUGAGAAACUUACAGUCAUUAUAUAUUACUGAAUACAUUAAAGUGCAAGGGAUUUCCAUUAACAGAGUAAAUACAGUUGUAGAGGAAUUGAAAAGGUCUAAGUAAAGACGAAACUAGUUAGUUUCCUCAACCAAGUCUUGUGUGUUCUGUGCGUCAAAGAUGGGUUAUAAGUAUUUUGACAUCUUCUAAAAUGAAGUUUAGAAGCUCCUUUAAAAUCCAAAUACAACAAAUUUCAAAAGAGUAAAUACAGCUAAACGACAAAGAAAAGCAAAUCAAUCAUUUUCACUCUAUACAAAUGUUGUCAGAAAGAUUUAACAGAAGUCAACAUUGGCAAUCAUGAGUCUCUUCAAAAUGACUCUACUGAGCAGCUGCUCCAGUCUUGAUCCUCCCAGAUCUGCUCAGGAAAGCAAGUCUUCGUCUUCGGCGUUUCUUCAGCCUUUUCCUUAUAGAUCUUUGCUUUGUGUAUAGCCUCACUGUUUUCUUGUGAACGAUAAGAUAUCAGCCUGAUAAAAGCAGCCGAAGACAAGGCGGUGGACUGUAGAGGACUCUUAGCAAACAAUUCUUUCUGUGGAAGGUUCCUGAUAACGUACUUAUUAAAAUCUAGUUGGUUCUCUGAUGGAUGCUCUUUUACUUUAUGGUGUUUCACUUUUAACAGCAAUUGGUAUCCAUGGAUACCAAGAAUGCAAAUGGAAUAAAAACGAGGAUUGUGGUAUAAUAUACAUAGAAACAUUGUGUAAUAAACUAAAACACACGGACGAAAGUACCUGCAAAGCGUCAAUAGAUCAAGGCCAGCCAUGUUGUAUGGCAGGAGAGAACAACGAUUUUGGCUAUCUUUGUUUCAACACUUCUUACGAUGGAAGAAAAAAAUUUCACGAGUGUCUUGACCUCGUUCGGCAGUGUAGGAGGACUCAAUACCUUCCUAAUAGCAACAACGCGUCAUGCGCUUUCAAUGGCAAAAUCCUGGAUAGUCAUUAUGUAUACAGUGAGCUUCAAUGUACAGAUAAAUGCAUGCGUGACUGGAGAUGUGUUGCUUAUAAUUUCAAGAAGGAGAUUGAUGGUCGCCUCGACUGUCAAUUACUAGGGUCUGUUAGUAGGAACGAGAACUGCAAUGAAAAUGAAUACAGAGGAAGACGUCUGGACAGAGAAGCAUUCUUUAAGGCUUACAUGAAUGUUAACCAUUGGUGCAGACAAACAGGAAGCUAAUUAUUGCUACAGAGAACACCAAAUUAACAAUUUGAUUUCGAAUAAAAAUGACAAAUAAAAUUUUUCAUUUGCUGUGAAAAGGAAAGUCGUGUAUAAAAGAACUACAGAUUUAAGUGAACCUGUAAUUAGUGAACUGCAAUAAACUCUUCUUAUGUGGUAAAGUGCAAAUGCCGGAAAGUCUAUAAAAGUCAUAAAUAUAAAAUAAUUAUAAUAGCAGCAUUACAAUCGCUGGAGAUCAUUURGCUAUUCUAGGUAAAUAUUGUUGCGAGACCGGAAGGGCGUGUACUGUUGUCUUCCUCUUUUAACUCCCUUUCUCGGAAAAACAGCGAUAAACAAAACAUGAAUUGUAAUUAUUCAUUACUUGGAGGUACAAAGAUUGUUUUUUAUUGCUAUUUUGAAGAGAAAACAACUUCAUUUAUACUGGUAUACUUAAACCAUAUUUGUCUGUAGUCAUUCUUUGCAUAUUAAUAGCGAUAACUAACAACAGAUUUUGUGCCGCAAACGUCAAUCAGUCUACUUAGGUUUCACUGUAUUUUACAACAGUGAUUUAUAUAUAUCUUUUAGUGUCAUUCCUAUGAUUUCGGACAUAUUGUCAAUCCAACUGCCGGCCCAAUUGAACCAGUUCUAUACUGCAUUUUGAAGAUAUAAAAUUCAAAAAUCAACUUGCAGUGUAUCGAUUUGAACGCACUGUUACAGGAAACGAUUUUCCAAGGAAUCAUUUGAUAAAAAUAGACAAAUGACCUGGAUGUGACGUCAAUGACAUCGCCUGGAAUCCCCGGAUAUGCAAUAUUAACUCUUGGAAGCUCCAAACCCUGUUUAGUUCGCAAAGUCUUCACUUCGUGACGGAAACUCAGUGCUGAAAGCACUCACAGGAAAAGUUUUUCCAGGAUUAACAACUAAGUGUAGAGCAACAGGAAUGAUGUCUUGGUUGACUACUUUCACAGCUGGAUUACUAGCCACAACCAUAGCCACAACGUUACUGUCACGGGAUACAAAGGCCUGCACUAGUGCCAUGGACUAUGAAGCAAGUUGCCGAGGGUGUGUAAGUCAAUUAGUGCAGUCAUGGAAAGCUCAUCCCAAAGCUAAUUGCAGUGAGCAGUAUUCGAGCCUACAGCGAUGCCUGACUACUAACAAAGAAAAGUGCCUUAAUACCUCACCAAAGCCUGAUAAUCGAACCGUACACGAUAUUCAACAAUUAUUCGCUAUAUAUUCCGCUAGUGAACUCUUCUUCUGUCAAAAUGGUAUGCUGUUAACCCUGACAAACUACAAACCGUCCGAUCUUAAUACGUGCACGCCGGCACUAUUUAAGAAGGCUGAAACAUGUGCCAAGAAAUUCCUGAAACGGUUUUCAAGGAACAGAGGAAGCCCAAAAUUGUGCAGGUGGUACUACAAAGCAAGAAAAUGUAUGGCGAAAGCCAUAAACAGAAAUUGUAAAACAUCGUCGAUGACGUCUUACCUCAAAGGAAUUUACGAAGAAUCGUACAAUCCUUACUGUAAAAACAGUCAAGACAUUAUUAAGAAACGAGUUAGAAAAGGAUCAUCGGGAUUUGGCAGAUGUACCAAAAAAAGUUACCUCAUGAAGUCCAGGAGAUGCAUUGUAAGAUUUAUCCAUGAAUUGCAGAAAAAAAAUGGUCAAAGAUGCAGGUCCAUUGUGAGUUCAGUUCUUAUACCGUGUGUCAAGCAUUGUAUGAAACGAUGUUUGAAAGGAACGAGAGAUACCAAGUCCCUGGACAAAGCUUUGACAGACUUAAUGGAUAGAAGACGUAAUGAUAUGCAAAAUGACAAUUGUGAAGGCAGCCAUUUAGAGACUCUGACGCUUUCAAAGGAACAGUGUUCAGAAGAGUACUUUGAAAACUUCCAGGGAAGGUGUAAUUCAAAGUUCUUAGCGCUGUAUAAAAAGAACAGAGGGGAUCCACAGCUUUGCCAGCACUACUCAGACGUAAAGCGAUGCGCACGAAAUAUGACCCUAUCCAUGUGUAAACUUGACUCUGCAAUGAAGUAUAAGGUUCACGAUCUAUAUGGGAGCUUCAAUCCUUUCUGUCCAAAUGGAAGAGAUCCUCCAAAAUCAAGUUCAACAUACGAACAGUUUAUAACGCCCUUAAAAAACAAUGUAAUGGCGUACGAGUGGAGUGUGUCAACAAUGGUCACAAGCAUCUUCGUUUUAAAACAACUUUUAUCGUAGCACAACCUUUUACACUCACUAGUUUUUUAUUAUUCAUUCCUAAAGUAGUUGAAUGGUUACAGUAGCUUCUGGAGAAUUUGCUAAAAGCCAUACUUCAAAUCGCAACUCUAGUUUGACUAGAAAUUUGAAGCAAAAAUAGGACCGACUUCCCGAUACGUCCUCCAGUAAAAUCAAUUUCUACAUAUGAAAACUACUAAUCCACUACGGAGAUCGCAAAAUGCAGCAUCACUGACGAUGCACCAAGAACUCUUCUCUAUCGAGGAAAAUUAUGGUAGAACGUUUGCUAUUCAUAGAAGACCAUUAAAAUAAUAAGAAUAGUUGUAAAUAGUCAUUUCAUAAAACGUUAUACAUUAGUUUAUUGUGAAAAAUAUUCUAUAAUUAUAUAAGAAAAGAAAAAAAACCCUCAAUAAAAUAUAAAUAAAACGCAUAAUGUAUUGAAUAGGCAAGUGAUCUCCUGGCCGCUCCCCCUCUCGCUCACUGGUUUUGAACUCUGAUUAGCAAAUAAUUAAGUAAUUAAAUAAUUGUCUAAGUU